AUGGCCCUUGCGCCGACACUGCAAGUACUGUUAUUUCUUGCAGUCGCAAGAUGCAGAGGUGAUACAAUCAAUGGAUAUCGAAAUGGAAACGUCGCUUCUCAAUUUGGAGAACUUUUAAAGCCACCGCCACUGCCUCCUCUAACUCCAUUAUUACCAGUGCCAUUCCACGGGGGUUCAGGAAGAACGCAAAAGCAAAAUGUUGAUAUUGGCUAUCAGUACCAACCUCCGCCCCCUCCACCGCCACCUCCAGUGCCAACUACAUCAAAUUUUAAGUUUCCUGCUCCUUUUUAUAAACAAUACAAUUUCAAUUUCGUACCUCCUCCUCAGCCAUUUACUACAACUCCAUCACCUUCACUAUUUCAAAAAGUAUCAGGCUGGUUGUUCCCUUCACAACAAACAGGUUAUGACACAGGCUUAAAUAAUAUAGCUCCAGUUCGAAAAGACUGCAAUCCUUGUAAUUUAGUGCCAUGGAUACCAGUUAUCAGAUAUGAUUUAGGAACUAAAAACGCAUUUAAUAGUGUAAACCCACCACACAGUCAAGCAAAUCCCACAUAUGGUCCACCUAGUCCGACCGCUUAUCUUGAUGCACAAAAUAUUGCUUCAUUUAGUCCAAAUGCUUAUCGACAACAACAAAGUUUGCCGCAGCUUUCAACUGGUGUACCGCAUGCUGUAUAUGGACCACCCCUUCAAUCUCACGACAAUUCCGUUGGUAUUCCUAGUUCUACAUAUAGCCCUCCUAUAUCUACAUAUGGACCACCAAGUCCUACGCAUACUAUUUUACUUCCAUCGCAAAACCCUAUAAGUUCCACAUUUUCGGUAUAUCAUUCUGAACCAAGUUCACAAUACGGAAAUCCCACGACUUCUUUUGGUUAUUCCAGUUCAUCAUUUAGUAACUCAAAUCCUUCAUAUAUAACAACUACGUCGACACCUUCUUCAACAUAUGGAAUUGUAACACCUUCUGGGCGAGAUUUAUUAAAUGAUCAAGCUAAAUAUCAAGGAGAUGUUGAAAUUUUGAAAAGUCCAGAUCUAAAUUUGCAGUUGCCAAAAGUAACCCCUCCGACAAAGUUUACAAAUUCAUAUGGAGAGACUAUAUCUAAUAGUUACAUAGCAGAUAUUCCUUACUCUGUCUCAGCUACAGCAGCAGAAUCUACAAAGAUUAAGACUGAAGUUUUGCCAAAUAGUUCAAAUCCACUCGUUUCUAAUGUAUCUCUUGCGUUAGCUAAUCCAGCACCGUUCACUCUGAAUAGAGGAAGAAAUAUUCACACAUUACAACCUGUUGCUUUACCGAAUCUUAGUGUAUCUCCUUUGCCACCUAUAUUCAAUGCCCGACCUUUCAGGCCUACGCCUUCACAUUACUCUAAAUCUCUAAUCGAUGGAAUCAAUUAUAUGCAACAGUUAUCUAAUAACGUUAAAAUUGAGCAUAGUGUUCCUGUUGCGGAAUUCACACAUUCUAUAGAAUAUCCAGCCACAGUGGUUCAAGCACCUAUAGUAGAUAUAAAUGCUGCGAAGCAGACAAACCAAACAAAAGCUUAUAGAAAUAUACCUAACGCGCAUGUAGUAAAUGAAAUACGCGACAUAUCUUCUCAAGCUUCAGAUGUUGCAGCCACAAAAAUCAUUCAAGACUCAAGUUUUGAAAGCACAGGAUUGGAUUUGGGAAAUGAAUUAUACGAUUCAGGAAUACCUACACACUUCUCCAAUACUCAUUUACCUUCCAAUCACAAUGCUGAAUUUGCAGAUUUGAGAGGAGUAAAGGAUGAAGACGUAGACAAAUACAGAACAGAAAGCAAUUUACAGAAUAUUGAUUCUCCAUUACUUUAUUUAAAGCCGAGUGUACCACACAAAGGAUAUCGUGAUUUUAUAUUAGCUAUUUCUACACCAACUAAUGGAAAGGAAUAUGAAAUUUACGAUGAUGUUAUAACAACAGAAGCGACACAAACAACUACCUUUUCCAAUGAUUGGUAUGAAAACCAAAAUGAUUAUAAUGAUGGACUAUUGCCUCCAACAGCAGCACAAGAGAGCGUCGAAAAACCAAAAAUAGUCCAAAUAAUAGUACCUUAUACAACAAGUAAAGAAAACAAUUAUAAUAAAUUUAAAUAUGCGCAAGAAUUGGAUGAUUGGGCGUAUGCCCAAGAAGAAGAAUUUCAGGCUAGAAAAAUACCACUUAAUACCGAAAACCCUUAUACAAAUACUGUAACAGAAAAUUAUAACAGUCUCAGCACAACAACUGAAAAUAAUCUCAAAACAACAACUGAAAGCUAUGAUUCGGAAAAUUUGAACACUGGUGCAAUUUUAAAUGAUUUGUAUGACGUAAAAGAACCCCCAUUCGAUAUAAUAAAACUUCAACAUACUAUUGACGACUGGACAGAACAAGAAUAUUCUCAACAAUACAAAACUGCUCAAAAAAAUCGCAGCGUAGAAAAAUUAGCUAAACAGAUUCCUGAUGACUAUUUCACAACAACUAUUCCAAGUACGUACGUAACGCCUGUUAAAACUUAUGAUGAUGAUUAUGAUCAUGAAGGUUCAAGCAGUAUUCAACAUACCGUGACAGAGAAAAAGAAUAAUAACUUUUAUAGAACAUAUAAUACUAUACAACGACAAAAGUCCAGACCUUAUAAUGACAAAGAUGACGAAACACGAGAAAAGCAAAGGUUGCACAUUUACACUGCUGCAUCAUCUUUUAGAGCGACAACUACGACUCCAGCUCCAUGGGGUAAAAUACUCACUUCUAUUUCACCAUUAACAAAAGAAAAAGUGUAUGUGGUUACGUCAAAACCUUGGCGAGAAAUUGGUAAUGUGAGCGAAGAAUGGUACAAACAGGAAGCUUUCGAGUCAAAAAGAACUAAUGUUGAUAGUGAUGUUACCUCAUCUGACAACUUACCAUUCAAGUCACCAAGGUUUAAUAAUAGACCCGCACUUGGUUUUACUUCACUAGAUAAUAAUGAUUCAAUGAAUUCAGAAUCAUCCUAUGAAUUUUCUAAAAGCUGGUAUCAAAGCAUAAAUGAUCUGGAGAACCGAGGAGUUGGAAUAAACACGACAUGGCCAGAAGGUCCUACACCGAACCAUUCUACUAACACGGACGAGGUUUCAAUUUAA